CUGAGCUUGUGACAAACACAAGGAUCAUCAGCGUGCAGAAGAUGAGUCUGGGGAGGGUGUGUGAUCUGAGCAUGGUGAAGCUGUCAGAUCAGGUGAUCAGCGGGGCUGAAGCGUUACCUUUUCGGGGCCGGUCGUGCAGCUCGCCCCGGGGAGGAGGAGGAGGAGGAGGAGGAGGAGAUGGUGGUGCAGCAGCAGUAGUAGGAGCAUUAGCAGCAGUAGUGGCAGUAGCAGCGAGGAGGCCUGUGUGCAUGCUCAUGGUGAGAGGACUGAGCGCAGUAUGGGCUGACUGACUGGAGAUCUGUUCUUUCUAUUGUCUUCAACGAUGGACGAGCCGAACAUCCUGAGACGCCGUGGUCUACAGAAAGAGCUGAGUCUUCCUCGCAGGGGAAAUGUAUAGAAGGGGCACAGUGGACAUGGCCGUUGCAGUCUCUCGUCACCACCGAGCUGCCGUGCCGCGGGACUGGGGUCACUUUGUACCGAAGCCGAGUGGAGUUUCCAGCGCUGGACAUUGCGUACAGGCCUAACCACCAUCAAUAAUACCAGAGGAGAGGAUAACAUGACGCUCCCACUUUCAGGAUAAUUCUCUUCUGUGUUGGAUUUAUCACCACCAUCACCAUGUCUGACCAAAACUACUAUUGGACAGUGCUGCCGAGCUACAAAACUAGUUUUGUGACUGGGGCCAUGAUGAAAAGAUCAAAAAGUUCCCGUAACAACAAGAGAAGGAGUUUGGCAGUUGGGACCCCGUCACCCACGCUCUCACGACCGCUUUCACCUCUCCCACUUGCCACAGCUGGCAGCAGCCCUUCAGAAAGCCCGAGAAAUGUCUCUGCCAGCACCUCUGCCAACUUCCAGUUUGCCCGCAGUAGCCAACUGGCCCGCACUGAAAGAGCGGACGGGCGAAGGUGGUCUGUGGCGUCAGUUCCCUCAUCUGGAUACUGCACCAAUGCACCCAGUUCAUCAGUAUCUUCCUCCUCUUCCCAGGAGUUAUUGCACCAGUUGCCCUUCCAGCCCACUCAAGAUGAUCUCCACUUUCUGUUCAAACAUUUCCGGAGCACGGAGAGUGUGGCGGACGAAGAAGGAGCUCACGCCCCGCCCCCUGUCAGGCUCCGCUCACGCAGUCUCAGCCCUGGACGGACCUGUGGAAUAUUCGACAAUGAAAUUGUCAUGAUGAAUCAUGUCUACAAAGAACGCUUUCCUAAGGCUACAGCCCAGAUGGAGGGUCAGCUGCUCGACAUCAUUUCAGAGUGCUCCCCAGACACUGCUCUACCCCUGGCUGAUGGCGUGCUGGGAUUCAUUCAGCACCAGCUGGUGGAGCUCGCCAGAGACUGUCUGGACAAGUCCCAAAAUGGCCUGGUCACCUCCAGGUACUUUGUGGAGCUGCAGGAGAAGCUGGAGAAACUGCUGCAUGAGGCGUAUGAGCGCUCAGAGAGCGAGGAGGUGACCAUCAUCACAAAACUGGUCAAGAAGAUUCUCAUCAUCAUCUCGAGGCCGGCCAGGCUGCUGGAGUGUCUGGAGUUUGAUCCAGAAGAGUUUUACCAACGUUUGGAGGCCGCAGAGGGUCAAGCCAAGGGGGGCCAGGGCAUCAAGACCGAUAUUCCCAAAUACAUCAUCAGCCAGCUGGGCCUCACCAGGGAUCCUUUGGAAGACAUGGUCCAACUGGAGCAGACGAGUCCGAGUCACAGAGCGUCCAGCAGAGACUCUGAUGACACUGGAGAGGCCACAUCCAUACAGAACCGAGCAGCCUGCACCCCACCUCGUAGGAAACCACUGGAGAGCGACUUUGAGACUAUCAAGCUCAUUAGCAACGGCGCCUAUGGGGCUGUAUUUCUGGUACGACACAAGGAGACCCGUCAACGUUUCGCGAUGAAAAAGAUCAACAGGCAGAACCUGAUGCUUAGGAACCAAAUCCAGCAGGUGUUUGUGGAGCGAGACAUCCUCACCUUUGCUGAAAACCCAUUUGUGGUUUCUAUGUUCUGCUCCUUUGAGACGCGGAGGCACCUUUGCAUGGUCAUGGAGUAUGUGGAAGGAGGGGAUUGUGCCAAUCUUUUGAAGAAUAUCGGUCCUCUGCCUGUGGAUAUGGCUCGCAUGUACUUUGCAGAGACUGUCCUGGCUUUAGAAUACCUUCACAACUACGGCAUCGUACACAGAGACCUGAAACCUGACAAUUUGUUAAUAACCUCCAUGGGACACAUUAAGCUGACAGACUUUGGGCUGUCAAAGAUUGGCCUAAUGAACAUGACCACCAACUUGUAUGAAGGACACAUUGAAAAAGACACCAGAGAGUUCAUCGAUAAACAGGUUUGUGGCACUCCCGAGUACAUUGCUCCAGAGGUGAUCCUGCGGCAGGGCUAUGGGAAGCCAGUAGACUGGUGGGCUAUGGGCAUCAUCCUCUAUGAGUUCUUAGUGGGUUGUGUGCCUUUCUUUGGAGACACACCAGAGCAGCUCUUUGGUCAAGUGGUCAACGAUGACAUAAUUUGGCCAGACGGGGAGGACUCUCUGCCAGCUGAUGCCCAGGACUUUAUCACCAGACUCCUGAGACAGAGCCCUCUGGAGCGCCUUGGAACAGGUGGAACCACUGAGGUGAAGAUGCACGUGUUCUUCUUAGGUCUGGACUGGAACGGCCUCCUGAGGCAGAAAGCUGAAUUUAUCCCUCAACUAGAGACCGAGGAUGACACCAGUUAUUUUGACACGCGAUCCGAGCGAUACUGUCACCUGGACUCAGACGAUGACGAUGAAACAAACGAUGAUGAAUCGUCUCUGGAGCUCCGACAGUUCUCCUCUGUGGCUCACCGCUUCAGCAAGGUGUACAGCAGCACGGAGCAUCUGUCCACCUCCACGCCAUCCAACCAGAGCCUGUCUGGUUCCGACCGGAGCCACAGUGAAGAGAAGGAGGAGAGAUGGGAGGGCAGGGGAGUCCUCUCCCCUGGAGAUGGACACAAACACUUGGCUAGCGUAGACAAGAGGGCAGAUGGACACAGGGGGAGUCUGCGUCCUCGUGCUUCAUCUAGCUCCUCUCAGUCAGAGCGCAGCGCCAGCCCAUUGGUUAUGAACAGCACUCAGAGCCUCGACAUCAUGCCUCGCUUUGCCAUCUCUGCCGAGGAGGAAGACGGGAUGGUAUCAAACCUGCGACGCAUCCGGCUCCGGAGCAACAGCACAGGUACCAGGCCGUCCUUCCGUAGAGGAGCAUCCAGGCGCAUCGCUCACCAGCUGGAGACGCCAGAGAAACCCAGAUCCCCAGCUGGGAAAGUACCCAAGUCUGCCUCUGUCUCUGGCCUGUCCCUCAUCAUCACUCCAGAUGACUCAGCAGGGCCUCCUACGAGCCCCAAAUCCUCCUUGUCCCUGUCGUCCAACCCUUCAUCAAGAGACUCCUCCCCAAGCCGGGACCUCUCUGUCAAUGUCAGCUGCCUCCGGCCUCCUGUGGUCAUCCACAGCUCUGGGAAAAGGUUCGGCUUUGCACUGCGGGCUAUCAGAGUCUACAUGGGAGACAGUGACGUGUACACUGUUCACCACAUGGUCUGGUGUGUUGAGGAAGGCAGUCCAGCACACGAGGCAGGAUUAAGGGCUGGUGACCUCAUCACUCAUGUCAAUGGGGAGUCGGUCCAGGGACUCGUGCACACUGAGGUGGUGGAGCUCUUGCUCAAGAGUGGCAACAGGGUGACCCUGCAGACGACUGCACUGGAGAACACAUCUAUCAAGGUUGGCCCUGCCAGAAAAGUGAGCUACAAGUCCAAGAUGGCCCGGCGCAGCAAGAAGAGCAAGAGGAAGGACGGACAGGACAGCCGACGACGUAGCAUCUUGAAGAAGCUAUCUAAGCAUACACCUCCUCCGCCCAUGCAGAGCAGUCGUAGCUUCUCUUCAGGUUUCCACCAGUCAUCAAGCGACAGCCUCUCCGGCUCUCCAACACAGAGCCUCUCCCCGGGGCCCUCUACGCCCUGUCGCUCCCCUGCUCCUGACCACUCUGGAGAUUCCAGUUCUUCUCCUUGCUCCAGCUCUCCUAACUCACCCGUUCCACAGGCCCGUCCCAGUUCCCUUCAUGUUUUGGGUCGCUACACCAAAGCUGGCCGCUGCAAGUCAACCAGCAGCAUCCCUCCUUCUCCACUUGCCUGCAUCCCACCUCCUCAGCCCCUCUCUCCUCAGUGCUCCCCAUCCUGCCUCCCAAGUCACACCAAAUCCCUGCAGGGUUUCCAUGGCAAGACUCUGUCCCCUCCCACAAUUGCACGCCACUCUGUGCGUCCCCGAAGUGCCGAACCGCCACGGUCACCGCUCCUCAAGAGGGUCCAGUCGGCAGAGAAACUGACAGGAGACAAAAUGACAGGGGGUUACCAUGGAGACAGGAAGGCCUACAGCACCCGCCGCCAUACCAUGGAGGUGCCUCUGUCGGAGGGGGAGGGGUUAGAGGACAUGGAAGGGGACACCGCCACGGGGUUCGUCUGUGUUGGUGAGCAUGGCCGCCAUGGGCUGUACAUUGGAGGGCAGAGGGGCCACCAUGAUUCUGCCGGCGGAGGCAGCGAGCACCACCGCUCUACCGCCUCACCACAACACCGCGGCAGUAAUCACCACUCCAAAGAGGUGGUGGUGAUGAGGAAGCUUGCUCUGUCCGAGCGGCGGGACUCCUUCAAGAAACAAGAGGCGGUGCAGGAAGUGAGCUUCGAUGAUUUGGAGGAGAGAGAAGUGACACCGAGUCCAACGCUUCCUGUCACACAAUCGAAGGUGUUCAAGGCGUCUUGGCUCAACUCGACCCAGUCAGAGUCAAACACGAAGCUGGAAGGAAGAGGAGCACAGGGUACAACAACACAGUUGAAUGCCAAGUCAAAAGACAAAGAACGGCUUUAGUUUAAUCACUCUUUCAGGGAGAAAAGGUCAACAAAGAGUCUCACUUAGGAGACUGACUUUGUGAAGAAGUCUUUGACCUGACACUGUUCUGACAUUUGAAGGCCUUGCAUGUGUGUCCAGAAAAAUGUGACCAAGUCCCAAAUCAUCACAAGCAAACUUCUUUAGUACAGUAAGGCAAAUUCACAGUGUUGUUUCUCAGUAAUAUAUGCAUUCUGCAACACUGUUAACAGAACAAUGACUUCCAAAUGAUGUUUACUUCCUGGGCGCUUGUUUUCUCUUUUGGUUCUCAAAUCACUGUGGCACCUGUAACUGAUGUAUUUUGUAAAUAUCUUUGGUUUUAAAUGAAGAAACGUAUUUAUGACUUUUUAUGCUCAUCUUGUUUUUUUUGGGUCGCUCAAAAAGCCUUGGAUGCUUCAGCUGUUAUUGCAAGAACUGCACACAUACAAGGAAAGCCAAGCAGUUACAGUGUGGUUUGUUUUACAGGUGUAGCUGCAGAAAGAGGGCAGGUAACACCAGUCGAUAACUUUUUCCAUCGAUAUUUUUUAUACCUCAAUGCCCGUGUAGAAGUGGGUGUUGUUUCGUGUUCAGAUUUGGUCUUUUGAACAAACUCAACAGUGUUUGUCCUGCAACAUAUUAUGAGCGAUGCAGUUGCAGAUGAUCUCAUGUGCUGCCUCUCAGAAGAAAUGUAUCUUAUAGAUUGUGAGUUGUGAGCAUUUGGACUCAUCAAUCCUCACCUGAACACAGGCCUUGUAUAAACAUUUUGUAAAGACACAAAUAUCAACAUCUCAACACUUGUGAGCCUAGCUGUGGUGCCAAAGCAUGGUUUAACCAUAAAAAAAGAGGUACUGUAGUUGUACAUAAGAAACUUCAUGCAUGCAUGGGCUCUACUUCCACUUGCCGUCUGUCUUCUAAAAAAUGUGUCUGGAUUAACUCCUUACCUGAUUAGUGUUCAAGUGUGUAGAAAAAGUUUUGUGUCUACCUUCAGAAACCACACUGUUCUCUCUGUCCUCUAAUACCUUGUUCAAUUAUGCCUCCGUCCAGCUCCUAACUAAUCUAGUGUUUAGCUGAUGUAUUUGCACAAGUUAUCGUAGCCGUGUUAGACAGUUAGAGCACAUUUAUAUUUCAGGACGAUCUCCUUCUCCGCGGGAUUCAAAAAAUUGUACAGAUGCAACCAACAAAACUGGCUCCCUUGGCUGUUUUUUUUUUUUAAAUGGGUAUUUUGAAUGAAUGUUUACAUUUUAGAGCAAAUCUGUGAGUGGGCUCCAUGGUUGUGUUAAAUUAUGAAGAAAAGUGAAUGACAGGGGAGUUAAACCAGAGGCCCUGAAUGGAUGAAGGAAUGAGUCGAGGGGAUUUCUUUUUGUACAUUUUGAUAUGGAAAAGUCGUGUUGCAGUACUAAUAAUAACCAAUGCUGUUGAUGUAUAUCGUAUAAACAAUGGUGGACCUUACAACAGCCGUGAGUGGUGAUUUCUUUUAAAGUGACCUUGUGAGAGUAGAUGGACUCGUAAAUUGUAUACUCUCACUGUAAUGUGGCAGCCUGGGCCUCAAAGCAUUGUGCGUGCUUCACAUCCCUCUCUAAUAUUCCCAUGAUUACUUUACAACAUAGUUCACACCAUUUUGUAGCUUUUUUUUUUUUUUUUUUUUUUAAGGCCUUGAAUUCUAAAAUCUGAUGUUCAGUCAGUAAUUUGAAUUUAAAAUGAGAAGUAAACAUCUGUAAUUUGGUUUUCAUAUCUUCCCAUUUAUAACUGGUGUCAUUUGAUUUCUAUUAGAAACUGUUUGGAUUAGCAGUUGAAAAAAGCUUGUUUCUCUCAUUUUAUUUACUUUUUUUUUUUUUAAAGAAAAUAAUUUUGUCCUGUUUCUUUCCACAUUUAAUUUUGGACAUUUGUGAUUUGAAAUGUCCUGGGAGCUGUUUAUGUUGAAACUUUAAAAAGGAAGUUUAUCACAAACUUAGCCUUAAAAUGUGGUUAUGGAUUGUGGGGGUUAAAUUUAGAGGUUAGAAGUUUGUUUGAUGUACCGUGCGGUGGAAGAACUGUGUGUCUGUGUAUCAUCACUGAAUUUCUGAUGUAAUAUACAUCCUUGUCUGUUCUAAGGAUCUGAUCGUUAUACCCCCACCAAACCAUCAUGUUAUUAAUAUUAUAAAAUUGAGACUUUGAUAAGUGUAGAUUGGCAUCAUUCUUUAAAAUAAAUCACCACAAUUUUUUAAUUUCUUUUUUUUCCCAUUGUGUAAAUGUGUGUCUUUGUGUGAUAAAAUCCAUGUCUUCACUCUUCACACAGGUGCUCAAAUGUCACUUAUUUUAGUGUGUGUGUGUAUGUAUGUUUGUAAAAAAUAUUUUGCUCCCCUGAUGACAAGCUGGCCUUUGUGAAACUCUUACCAUGUGGGUAUCUGAUGCAGAUUGGUGUGACUGUCUGUUUUUUUAUUGUCUUAACAGUGCUUGAAUAAAUUGCAAAGGGACUACAAUGUCCAGAAAUACAAAA